AUGACACUUGAUUUUUCCAAAGUUGAAAACAACCCGGUCCCAUUUAUUGCUGACAAGCACAAUCCGAACGUCGCUUUUGUUGUCUAUCGUAAUAAGAACAAGAAUGUAGUCGUCUACGCCGCACGUCUGUUAGAAGACGGAACACUCGACCCUGAAAACCCAUUGGACGUGUAUUGGAUCAUGUUUGAGCAGGAAGGUGCUCCACGUGAAGAACUCAAUUUGAUUGAACGCAAUACAGCGUACGGAGCGAUCGUCAAACCGCGUGAGGGUCACCCCGGUGAGUACGAGGUGACGCUCACGUCGCUUAAGGACCGUGUCAUCUACUUGUCUAUCGUAGGCGGAAAGCCUGUGGGUCGUGGCUGUAUCAAUGGCCAGGAUUGCUGCCUACUUGAACGUGUUUUUGUGCACUCGACUACGUCGUGGGGCAUGCCCAAGGUAAAACACAUUGAGAUUCAUGGCAAGGACGAGGCGGGCAACGCUAUCAUGGAGAAGAAGAUCCCGUAG